AUGAGCUCAACAACUCAACAAAAAUCAUCAUCUUCACUUUGGAAAUGUCCUGAAAUGGUAUCCGAAGCACGACUUCGGCUUUAUAAUAGUUUUACCAAGAAAAAGGAACUUUUUGUUCCUAUAAACGGUAAUGAAGUACGUUGGUAUAGUUGUGGACCAACUGUUUAUGAUACAUCUCAUAUGGGUCAUGCUAGAUCAUAUAUUUCAUUCGAUAUUCUUCAUCGCGUUAUGGCUGAUUAUUUUGGUUAUGAUGUUCUCUAUUGUAUGAACGUAACGGAUAUCGAUGAUAAAAUUAUUAAACGUGCUCGAGAAAGACAUCUUAUUAAAAGUUAUAUGGAUGAUAGUUCAAUUACAAUUGAAAAAAUUCUUGAAGAUUGUCAACUUGCACUAAAACAUGUAAAAGAUGUUCGUUCACGUGAAACAGAUAAAGAUAAACAAGGAAUGUAUGACAAACAAAUUUCUACAGUAGAAACUUCAUUUCAAAAUAUUAAUACUUUAUCUGACAUUGAAGCUAAACGAAAAAAAUUAUUCGAUGAUUGUCAUGAUAUACUUUCAACAUAUUUAGAUUUUAAUUAUUCUCAUACAACGAAUCCAUUAGAUAAUGAAGUAUUUCUUGAAUUAGCUCGCCAUUACGAAUCAGAAUUUCAUAAUGAUAUGUCACAUUUAAAUAUUUUACCUCCACAUGUUUUAACACGUGUAAGUGAAUAUGUACCUGAAAUUAUAACAUUUAUUGAAAAAAUUAUUGAAAAUGGUUACGCCUAUGAAUCAAAUUCUUCAGUUUAUUUUGAUACAAUUAAAUUUCAUAAACAACAUGCAUAUGCUAAAUUAGAACCUGAUAGAAUGGGUGACAUUGCUGCAUUAAGUGAAGGUGAAGGAGCAUUAACAACAGCUUCAAAUACAAACAAAGAAAAACGAAAUGAAUGUGAUUUUGUUUUAUGGAAAAAGAGUAAAAUUGGUGAACCUGUGUGGCAGUCACCUUGGGGACAAGGUUCACAAUUUGACAUACAUACUGGUGGCAUUGACUUAAAAUUCCCUCAUCAUGACAAUGAAAUCGCUCAAUCAGAAGCUUAUUAUGAUAGUAAUACAUGGGUGAAUUAUUUCCUCCAUAGUGGUCAUUUAACAAUAGCUGGUUGUAAAAUGUCUAAAUCAUUAAAAAAUUUUGUAACAAUUCAACAAGCACUUGAAAAAUAUACAUCAAGACAAAUUCGAUUAUUAUUUUUAUUACAUUCAUGGUCGUCAACAUUAGAUUAUAGUGAUCAUGGUAUGGAAAAGUCUUUAAAUUACGAAAAAAUGCUCAAUGAAUUUUUUCUCAAUAUAAAAACACAUUUACGUUCAAUGAAACAAUUAAGUCAUUCAGGUGCUUAUACAAAAUUUGAUGAAAAUGAUCUACAAUUAAAUGAACGUUUUUCAAUGAUAAAAAAACAAAUUCAUAUCGCAUUAUGUGAUUCCAUUGAUACACCAACAGCCAUGGAAAAUAUACGUCAAUUAAUAACAACGACAAAUAUUUACAUGAACAGAACAAAUGCAAUUAUUAAUCGUCUUCUUUUACGUAAUAUUGCUGUUUAUAUAACACGUUUAGUUGAUAUAUUUGGCUUAAAUUCUUCUGGAUCAUCAAUGGAUGACAUUGGAUUUACUCGAUCAACUGAACAACAAACAUCAUCAGUUAAUGUCGAAGAUAUUGCUAUGCCAUAUGUUGAACAAUUUGCUCUAUUUCGUGAUGCUGUACGUACACAAGCAAUUGCAGUUAAGAAUAAAGAAAUUCUUACAUUAUGUGAUCAUGUACGAAAUGAAAUUUUACCAGAAUUAGGUGUACGACUUGAAGAUCAAGCGGGUACAAAUAAAGCAACAAUAAAAUUCUGUGAUCCAGAAGUAUUGAGACGCGAACGUGAGCAAGCAUUAUUAGUUGAAAAAAGUAAACAAGAAGAAAAAGAACGACGAAAAUUAGAACAACAAUUAGCUAAAGAAGCAAAAGAAGCUAAGAAAAAAACAACUAAAGAAAAAAAAAAUACUGAUUCAAAAACUUCAACACAACCAACUAAUGUUGAAAAUGUUACUAAUGGAGCAACAGCUACAAAUACUAUUGAAACUGUUACUGAUGGAGCAACAGCCAUGACUAAUGGUGAUUCUUAG